AUGGCAAACCUCAAAGUUUCUAGCUCGAGGAGUUCGGAUAUUACAGAUAAACAAUCAGUUUUCCCUCCUAGAUGCCCCUUUCCCGCAUCAUCUUCAUCAUGGGGCGAUGAGAGACCAAAGAAUGGUCUAGAUUCUAGAUGCGAGCAAACUCGACACCGACACACUUUGUCGGAGAGUUUUCAUAUCGACGAGCAACCUCCUUGGCUUGAUGAUCUACUUAACGAAUCAGAGACUCCGGUGAAAAGAAGCGCUCAUCGCCGUUCGUUUAGUGAUUCUUCUCCAAUUCUUGGUGGAUCUAACUUCCAUUCUAACAUAACCAAUCUAUAUGUGGAGGAAGGCAUCCAAAAAGGCUACACUUCAAGCUCUCUCUGGGGAUUGAAUGAAAUAAAUAACCUCAGAGAUGGAAAGAGCUGGGAAUAUACGAACUACACGAACGAACACGACAACAAUGCAAUAGCACAUAAUAUCAAGAGGGAAGAUCAGAAAGAAUUAGUCCAAGAAGCAAACUGUUCUUCGGAAAUGAAGGAUGAUUCUACUACUAAACGACUUGAGAACGAUUCAAAGAGUGAUAAGAAGCAAUUCGCUCGCCAUUCUAGGAUUAGGAAGCUUCAGUACAUUGCUGAGCUAGAGAUGAUUGUCCAAGGAUUACAGGCACAAAGCUUGCAAAUUUCAGCAGAACUGGAAUUUCUAGAUCGGCAGAAUCUUAUUCUGAAUCUAGAAAAUAGAUCCUUAAGGCAAAGGCUCGACAAUCUCUCUCACCAACGACUUAUUAAGCAUGUCCAACAUGAGAUGCUAGAACAAGAGGCGGCUCAUCUUCGAACAUUGUAUCAGCAGCAACAAUUACAACAACAACAACCAACCCCUGCACAUACUCGGAGCAGGAGUAGAGAUUUGGAUUCCCAAUUGGCCAGUCUCUCCUUAAAUCACAAAGAUAUGCCUAGUCGCAUUUGA